AUGAUCGGGCCGCUGGAUGCAGGGACCUAUCAGCUCAUGAUGUACUACAUCGCAGGGGCCGGCUCGCCUUCGCCGUUUCAGCUCUGUUCGAACUCCUUGGUGGACCUGCGGCUCAUCUCCAAAGCCACGUACGCCAACAAGACUGAGGAGUGGAUGUGCACGUCCAGUCGCGUGCCGCUGCCAGACACGCUUUCGCCACAGCGAGAUGAACAGAUCCUGGUGGACUCGGAGUACCUCGUGCCACCGCAGGGGCGGCAGAGCAUCACGUUCAAAGUGCCGCUCCAAGAGGUCACAGCACAACCCGUGCUGGGCAUUCCUGCAGAGUUCGAUUUGAAAGACGGCGGCAGUUUGGAAGUGUCUCACGGGGAGUGCAAGGUGCUCCGUGAUUUCUCAGACUGCUUGCAUUCGCACAGGCUCGAAGACCUUUCCGAGCUGGGCAACCCGGCCAGAGAUUGGAGAAAGGAGCUGUGGAACGCUUCCUUCAUCUUCCAUUCAGAGAUCAUGUUGCACAUGUCCCAAGAGUCUUCUUCAGAGGGUUGCUUCAUGCCUUGGAAGAAAGACGAGCAAGACCACUAG